AUGGCCAUAUCAGUCGGCCGUUUAUUUCGAAGGUAUUGUCUGGUUACCUUUUUACCAUUCUUUGUAGUGAGUAGCAUCUACGCUGAUUAUACGCGGACUCAACUUUACAAAGCAUCAUUGAAAAGGAAUGAAAAUGCUAUCAAUUUUUCCUAAAGGAAUUACUUUAACAGCCUUUCCUGUAAUAGGAUAUUGCAUAGGAUGGUAUUUGGAUAAGAAAGAAACUGAAAGAUUAGUUCUCUUUCGGGAUAAAAGCGCUCUGUAUGGAAGAAUCCUGAAAGAAGGAGAGAAGCCCACAUGGCCUUAGUCACAUAGUUUCCUUCAAUUUGAAUUGUGAAUAGAAAUAAUAAAUGAAGUAGUUUGUCUGAAAUGGAUAGGCUUACUCUAUCAUCAA